ACGACAGGGUACGUUUUGAUUUUCUAUGGAUCGUCUCCAUAUCCAAUGCCAUGGUGAUGUGGGGGUAUGCAGACAGGGCAGGCCUUGGGGCUUCCGAGACGGUAUAAUAGUACAAGACCGUCACCGCUCGCCAUGUCUGCAUCGGGGUCACGAGCCCAAGACGGAACAAGGGGCGAGGCCAGCUUCCGCGAUGCGCGCCAACGGCAUCUUGAAAUUGGCCACCGCCAUCUCGGCCGCCUGCGCGGCCGUAUCCCCCGGCAUCCCGACCGUGCCCUUUGAGCGCGACGGUUCCGCGAUCCUGGACUUCUCGAGCCUGGGCUCCAUCGUGGUGGACGAGGCCCACGCCGCCUCCAGGGACACGCGGGGGCUGACGCUGAUCCCGCCCACGCUGCGGGAAUUUGCAGAGACGUUCGCGGGCGAUGUGGGCUCGGUGCUCGGGCAAAACAUCCCGGUCGUGACGGGCACGGCCGCGGCACCGGGGGCCAUCUUCCUGACGCUCGGGGACGCGUGGGACUACCUCGACGUCGCCGGGCGGGAGACCUCGGAGGGCUACACGCUAGAGACGACUACCGAUGGCCUCAUAGUCAGGGGGGCGAGUCCCCUUGGGGUCUGGUGGGGGACCAGGACGGUCCUCCAGCAGGCUAUCAUUGGGAACGGAUCGCUGCCUCUGGGCCGCGCCGUGGAUAGUCCUGGCUGGGAGAGCCGAGGGAUGAUGCUCGACGUCGCACGACACUAUUACCCGGCCGAUUUCCUGAUCGAGAUGUGCGCGUACAUGUCGUUCUGGAAGCAAAACACCUUCCACCUGCACCUGUCGGACAACCUCUGGAACAACGCGCGCAUCUACUCGUUCGAGCGCCAGAUGGAGCUCUACGCCGCCUUCCGGCUCGAUUCCGACGACCCGGCCGUGCGGGGGCUCAACCGCCGCGGGAACGAGUCCUACAGCCGGGAGGCCUUUGACGAGAUCCAGACCAGGUGCGCCGCGAGGGGCGUCACUGUCGUGCCCGAGAUCGAGGCCCCGGGGCACGCGCUCGUCAUCUCGCAGUGGAAGCCCGAGAUCGGCAUGUCUUCCGACUACAGCCUACUCAACAUAUCGCACCCGGACACCAUCCCGACCGUCAAGACCAUCUGGCGCGCGUUCCUGCCCUGGUUCCAGAGCAAGGUGGUGUCCAUCGGCGCGGACGAGUAUAGAGACGAGACGUUGUCUCCUGCAGCCCUCGCUGAGGAGUAUACUCGGUUUGCCGACGAGUUGAACGACUUUAUCGUCAGCGAGUCGGGAAAGAAGGUCAGGCUAUGGGGCACUUUUGGCCCAGCCGUAGCUGGUAAAUUCAACACGUCUGUCUCGGUGCAGCAUUGGGCUCCCUGGGAGGGAAACCCUGUCUUCGACUGGAUAAAGAACGGAUACGGCGUUAUGAACUCGGGCGACCGAGUAUACAUAGUCGGCAAAUGGUCCCAGUCGUAUCCCCAAGAGCUCAACCAGGAGUUCAUCUUCCACGGAUCGCCGGAUGGCAGUGCUUUCGCGCCCAACAUUUUCGAUCCGAACAACGCGACCAACAACUCGCCACGGGACGAGUCCAAGAUCGAGGGCCACAUAGCACCCCUGUGGAACGAUUAUGGACCGAACGCCACCACGGUCCUGGAGGCGUACUGGUCCUGGAGGGACGGCCUCCCGGCGCUGGCGGACAAGCAGUGGGGUGGCGCACUGACAGAGACCGAGUACCCGGCCCUGUUCGCGAAGCUGCAGCCUCUCGUGCCGGACCAGAACCUCGAGCGCAGGGUCCCGUCCAAGGGGCAGACCAUCCUGCAGUACGACUUCGCCACGGGGCAGGGCUACGGGGGCGAAAUCAAGGACACGUCCGGCAACGACUACCACGCGGCCACGACGUGCGCGAGCACCGAAGAGGGCGUCGUCCUGACGCCGUCGUGCAGCGUCAGGACGCCACUUUCCUCCAAGGGGCGCAACUACACGCUCUCCUUCUCAGUCAAGCCGGCGUCGGGCGCCAAGGGGCCCGUUUUCACCGGCCGCGACAGCGCGCUUUGGUCCGGCAACGGCACCGUCGAUGCCGUCAUGCUCUUCUCGGGCGGGAACGUGUACGCGCUCAACUACACCUUCCCCGUCGGGCAGUGGACAAACGCCAGCCUGGUCGGCAAGGGCACGCGCACGUAUCUGCAGGUCGAGGGCGAGGGCGCGGCGGCGUCGCCCAUGGAGUUUUUGACCAUUAUCGGCUGGAACGGCGAGCGCUUUGUGUGGGAGCGCAUGGCCGUCGAGGCGCCGUUGCAGACCAUUGGCGGCGGCGGAUUUGAGGGCAUUAUUGGGAGCAUGAAGCUGGCGGAUGGGGCAUAAAAGGGUGGGGGAGAUAUAGCAGGUGGUAGUAAACAAC